UUUGUUAAAACAUUAACGACUACUUCCCCCCAAUCUUGGUUAUCUUGGCUGCUGCUGACGUCCUACUAAUUCAUGGUUCUAGGUCCCGAGCUUUCACGCAAUACGAAUCUACUCGUCACAAGCUUAUCCGGAGCGUAACGAUCACCUAUCUACCCUACACGAUUUCCGCUAUAGCCUCCUCCAUCAUGCACGGGAACGGCGUAAUCGGCGUGCUCCACGAGGGGCGCUACAAGUGGGAGCGCCGCGCCCCGCUCACCCCCGCGCAGUGCGCGCGCCUGCUCGCCGCCUCCGCGGGCGGGUCUGCCGCGGGGCGCGCGCACGGCCGCGCGGCCGCGGGGUCGAUCCGCAUAAUCGUGCAGCCGAGCAGCAAGCGCGUGUUCGCGGACUCGCAGUACGAGGACGUGGGGUGCGAAUUGUCGGAUGACCUGUCCGAGUGCGGUCUCAUCCUCGGCGUGAAACAGCCCCCGCUGGGCACGCUGCUCCCGGACCGCUCCUACACCUUCUUCUCGCACACGCACAAGGGGCAGGAGGAGAACCUGCCGCUGCUCGACGAGAUCCUCGCAAAGCGCGUGUCGCUGUACGACUACGAGCUGAUCGUGGGCGAUGACGGGCGGCGCGUGGUGGCGUUCGGCGAGUACGCGGGGCGCGCGGGCAUGAUCGACUGCCUGCGAGGGCUGGGGGAGCGCUAUCUGAAUCUGGGCCACCACACGCCCUUCCUCUCCAUCGCCUCGGCCUACAUGUACCCCUCGCUCUCCGCCGCCAAGGCUGCUGUCGUGGCGGCCGGCGACGAUAUCUCCACUCACGGACUGCCGCCCGCGCUCAGCCCGCUUGUUUUUGUCUUCACUGGCACUGGCAAAGUGGCCCAGGGCGCGCAGGAGAUCUUCCGCCUGCUGCCGCACCACUUUGUGAAGCCUGCUGACCUGCCGAACCUGCUGGCGCACAAGCCCCCCGCGCACGGCCACGGCCUGGACCCGGCGCAGAAGGUGAUCUACGCGUGUGUGGUUGAGGCGAAGGACAUGGUGGAGGCCCUCGACAAGCAGGCGCACCCCACCUUCGACAAGGAGCAUUACUACGCCCAUCCAGACCAGUACCGCCCCAUCUUCCAUGAGACCAUCGCGCCCUAUGCCACCGUCAUCGUGAACUGCAUGUAUUGGGAGCACCGCUUCCCUCGCCUGCUCUCCAACGAGCAGCUCAAGGCGCUGGCAACCGCGAAGGAUGAGCAGGGGCAGGCGGUGCCGAUGCGGCUGGUGGGCGUGGCGGACAUCACGUGCGACGUGGGGGGGUCGGUGGAGAGCCUCACCCACUCCACCGAGAUCGAACGGCCCUUCUUCCGCUAUGACCCCAUCAAGGGCACAACCCACGACGACUUGGAGGGGCCGGGGAUAUUCUUCGUCGCUGUCGACAUUCUGCCGUCCGAGCUCCCCAAGGAGGCCACCAACCACUUCGGCCAGGCGCUCUUCCCGUUCCUGCGCCACCUGGCGUUCGCGCGCACGCCUGAGGACGCGCCUGCCGCCAUGCAGCGGGCGUGCAUCACCUAUGGCGGGCACCUGUGCCCGCUGUUCGAGUACAUCCACCGCAUUGCUGCUGCCCGCAAGGCCGAGGCGGAGGCACUGCCAUCCGACAAGAAAUACACCACUCUGGUGUCCCUGAACGGCCACCUGUUCGACCGCUUCCUCAUCAACGACGCGCUGGACGUUAUCGAGCGCGCGGGUGGCACCUUUCAGCUCGCCACGUGCCUCGUGGGGCAGUCCGUCGACUCCAGCUCCUUUGCCGAGAUCCAGGUCGGCUGUCUUGCCGUCGACCGGGUUGUAUAGGGCUGUUUCUUUCGAGACAAUGAGUUGUGCGUCUUGG